GAGGUCAUAGAAUGUAUCAAAGUAUCAAGUGAGGUUAGAAGGGGCAGAUGAGACCUAAGCACGUUGAUAAAGAUGUAUACAAGAACAAUUGAAUUUGAUAUAGCGCUUAGAAGAAAUAGAAAAGAAACAAGUGGUUGCUUAUUUCAGAAAGCAGAUGUCUACGUUCUUCAUUUCUUACAGUUUCUAUCGAACUUUUCUAUUAUAGUAAGCUUUGACAUCAUAGCUCUGCAUCAUAAAAUAUCGCCGCCUAUGCUGGAUGUAAUUAUCAAUCUUGUUGACAUGAAAGGUAUGAACUAAGGAAAGGAUGUCCACUCGAUAGCACCAUCAUCUCAUUUAUACUUACAGCUCAUUGUUAUUGUAAUCUGGGUCGUAACAGAUCGCCG